GCUGCACUUCUCUUUGCAGCAGCCAUGGUGAAUUUCAUGCAAGCUGUCCGUAACCACUGGGUUCACAUCUUUGUGCCCCUCGGAUUUGUGAUUGGGUGUUACCUGGACAGAGUGAAUGAUGAAAAGCUGUCAACCUUCAGAAACAAGAGCUUGCUAUACAGAAGAGAACUGAAACCUGGUGAAGAAACUACAUGGAAAUAGAAGCUGCUGAUGGAAUGGGAAAGAGCUUCGCUUGAUUUAUCAACUUACAUAAUAACUUCAAAGAACAGAAUUACGGUUUUUAUUCUUGAGAGAACAUAUAAGCUACAGAAAGGAACACCUGGGAUACAUCUCUGCUAGUUUAAUUUUCAGUCUUCCUAUUUGAAAGAUAAUUACGUGACUAGUAAGUGACUAUGUCCUGUUCAGAAACCUUUGACCCCAGAAGUCAUACUCUGAAAGAGGGGGGAAAACUUAUGUAAUAAAGAGAAAAUAU